CUUUGGUAUCUACGAUCGGCGACCUUAUGACACACCUCGGUAUAACGAUCUAGAAACAGUCUCGCUUGGACACCCGCAGGACAUUGUCCACUCACAGUACCUAAAGUGUGUCACAAAUGUGCAAAGUGUGAACAUGAAAUAUAUUUAUUGUGUGGCUGUAAUUUUGCUCUUAUUAUCAGCGAAUAUCGAGGGGAAAAAAACUGGAAGAAGUAGAAGUUCUGGUUCAAGUCGAGGGUCAAGCCGGAAAACAAAUGUUCCUCAACCAGCUCCAACCUCAUUCAGCAGUCCACAAGCCAGUGCCCCAAAACCAUCGCUGUCCGGUUGGCAAGUAAAACCAAAACAAACUUCACAAAGUCACUCAUAUCCGUCGAGUAAUACGGGGCUUUCUGGAAAUAGUAAACCGGCAAAUCAACCACCUCCUAGUUAUGACUCGGUCCAAAAGAGCCAUUCAUAUCCCCAAAAUGCCGGCAAUCAUCAAGGAUCCCAGCAGUCCCUCUCAUAUCCACAAAAUGCCGGAUCUCACCAAGGAUCGCAGCAAGGCCACUCUUAUCCCUCAUCGGGAGGAUUGUCCGGACAAUCUAAUGCAGGCGCGGGCUAUCCUCAGGGCGGCGGUUUGUCAGGAGCCGGUAGAGGUGCACCACAGCAAGCAGGCGGGCUCUCUGGAAGUGGCGCGGGGUACCCUCAACAGGCUGGUGCUCCUGCAUACUCGGGACCUGCUGGCGGCUACCCCCACCCGGCGGGAGGCGGCCACGCCGGUGGAGCGCCACCGCCGUACCCCGGCAAUACUGGAUAUAAUGGGCAUCAGUACGCGGGUGGAAGUUACGGGAACAAUAAUUACCAUCACCCACAAGGCCCACCACCACCAUACCCCGGAGGAUUCGGAGGCAAUGGAGGACACGGAGCAUACCAUCCUGGAUUCACUCAGCAAUCUCCAGGCUAUUUCGGCAAUUAUAACAGUGGGCGAGGCUUCGGGGGCAUGGGUCGAUCGAGCAGCGCAUUGACGGGAGUGGGGUUGGCUGGCGCCGGAGUGGGAACUCUUCUGACUGGACUUGCUUUAUGGAACUUGGCGCGUUCAACUGGAAAUCGACACCACACUGUGGUUUAUGAUAACAGGGGAGCUCCGAUUGCUGUUGAGCCCCAAAACAAAGAAGACACAGGUAUCGAAUCUAUUCUUGGAGAGUUGAUUAAUUGCACUCUAACAAUAGACACAGGAAACGCUACAGAAGUCCUGGCAAUACCUUGUUCCAUCGCAACAUCAUUUUCACCGGAAGCCAAUGUUAAGAAUCCUGGUACGGCAAAUGAUGAAACGGAUAAAACAAAAUGCACAGUAACCGUGAUUAAUAAAGAGCUAAAGGAAUUCAUGACGACUAUUCCUUGCUCUACACUUCUGAAUUCAGCAGCUGAGAAUAAUGUGACAGAGCCACCGCCGCCGCCGCCAGGAGCAGUUAGUGACCCAGGCGCAAAUAUUGGGACAGGGCCCAAUGAUCCUACUCAAUAUAACCAGCCACCAGUGGCACCACUACUUCCUGUCACUAUAAACACAGAAAAUAAAUCUGUAAACUGCUCUCUAGAAGCUGGUGUAACAAGUGAUCCUAUGAAUCCUUGUUUUCCGGCCGCAACUCCCAAUUUAACAGUACUACCAUUGUUAAAGAAUGAAUCUCUUGAGGCACUCUCGACACCUAGUUCUGCUUAAUUUGGACAAAUUUGCGUAAAUACCUAUCUACUAUGUUUAUGUUUGUAGUAAAAAUUUAACAUUUUAUUCCUAUAUAACUACUUAUCUGUUUUUAAUACCACAAAGUAAUAUGGAAGAUGUAUGAUAGCGAUAAGUAUCAAGUAUUAUGUUAUUAAGGUACAUUUACAAAAGUAGUAAAAUAAAUCCGUACUAAAGUG